UAUCGAUUAGACGAGUUUAAGAUUCCAAUUCGUGCAUUUCUUGUCGUUUUCUACGUAUUUUUUUUUUGUUUUAAUUUUUUUAAUUUACCAUUUACCACUAGAAGAACUUGGAACGAUUUCUAAUCCAGAAGACGAGCAAGUUACUUAUUAAGGAUAUUUCUUUUCUUAAAAAACCACACUAAAGAUGGAUUCCCCAAAUGAUUUCCCCGGUGCUUCUGGAUCGUCUGGAAAUACCGAUUUUCCCGUUUUACCUCCACCACCAUCUGCCAAUUCACCGAAUUCCUUUCCCACCAGCAACAACAACCAACAAAAUGCAGCUUCGAAACGUUUGCAGCAAACACAGGCGAAAGUCGAUGAAGUCGUGGGCAUUAUGCGUGUCAACGUAGAAAAAGUGCUGGAGCGCGAUCAAAAGCUGUCCGAAUUGGGCGACCGAGCGGAUGCCUUGGAACAAGGUGCUUCACAAUUUGAACAGCAAGCUGGAAAGUUGAAACGCAAACAAUGGUGGGCCAACAUGAAAAUGAUGAUCAUUAUGGGAGUAAUUGGAGUGGUUCUUCUCAUUAUCAUCAUAGUCUCACUUAUGCCAUCUGGCGGCAGUGGAAGCAGCAAUAGCAAUCAAUUACCAGCUCCAGCCCCAACAUCAGCACCUCAUACAUAAAAAUGUUGAUGAUUGAAGUGAUUUACCGCAAAAAGCCAACCUCACAGUCCCAACCAACUACUGCUAACACUACUACUACUGAGAGAACCUUAAACCAACGAUGAAAACAAAAAACAAAAACAACAACAAAAGGGAACAUCUACAACAGACUAAAAUUUUUAAAAUACCAAUUUGAGAUGCCAAACUGGAGCCUUAUUUACAAAUUCUUACAAUUUACAAUUUUAUACAAAAACAAAAAGGAAGAAAAAAAUCAACAAAAGUAUUUACAACAACAGUCCUAUAUACAUACAUGCAUAUAUAUAUAUACGUAUAUACGGUUGACGGUAUAAACUAAAAUGUAAAGAGAAGCACAACUCUUCAAAACAACAUAUCAGUCCAAUCAUUUGUAAAUCACCUGCAUUCGCCACCGCCGCAUCCAAGCGAUGAGCCUGAGGGGUUCGUAAUUUCUCUGUUAUUUCCUUCAUUUACCUAUGUAGGUAUGUAAUUUCUUUUAUGAAAGUAUUGUUUCAACAAUCAAAGAGCCCCCUUCUUGUUAAGGGAUAUAAGCACACUGUCACACACACACACACACACCUACAUGUGUGUGUGUGUGACACAUUAUCUUCAUUCAAUUGUAUGGUAUGAUUUAAUACAAAAACAAAAAACAGAAACAACAAUAUGUACUAUUAUUAUUAUCAUUAUUAUUAUUACUACUACUACUAUGAUUCAAAAACAAAUAAAAUCGUUUGUGAAUGUUUAUGCAUAUAUACAUACAUACAUAAAAUAUAAUACAAUUAUUUAAUAAAA